UUCACACUUUAAAGGUGGCAAAUGAAGGCUUAUACAGAGUGCUGAAGGGGAUGGUCGGAGCAAAAUGUCUUUGGUUUGCUUGGAAAAAUACACACUUGUCCAAAGAAUGCCAGGAUCUACUUAGGAAACUUCAUGACAGAGAGUCGGACAUCACCUUACAGAACAUUGUAGAUCAUGACUGGUUUAACAACACACCAGACACAGAUGCACUGGAGUCAGACGUGAGGGAAGGCCGUCCUGGUGCGCCUGAGACCGAGCCAGUGGUGGAGUACGCUGAACCAUCGACCAGCGCUGCUGGGUCAGCACAGGUGUGUCCUCAAACUCCCAGACAGGAGCCGACUCCAGCCGCUGGUACGCCUGAGACCAAGCGACACACACCCCGACAGAAGCCGACUCUGAGAAGACCCGUCUCAGUCAAGACAACAGACCUGACCUUGAUGUUCCCUAAUGACCUGAUAAGGCAAAAGGAAUACUUUCGGUCUCUUUAUGUAGUUGGAAGGAAACUGAACAAUAACGAUCUAGUCCGCACAGGAGUUAGAAGAUCGGACAACCAGAAAGUUGUCAUCAAAUUCGUUUUGAGGUCGAGAGGUCAGGAGGAAUUUAAAAAACCUGUCAGAGAUGGAGAAUCAAUGAUGGAACUGCAAAAGUUUCCAACUUGCUUGGAAAUCAUACGGAUUCUUGACCGUUUCAUCACGGAACAGAGUUGCAUCCUGGUAACGGAAUAUCUUCCACUCUAUAUGACCUUCAAAAAGUACGUGGAAAUGAAUAGAGGGUUGCUGAGAGAAUCCACAGUGAAUUGGAUCAUAAACCAGAUCAUUCUCAUAAUGCAUCACUCCACGAAGCGUGGCUUUUUUUACGACGUUGACAAGAAAUGGAUUCUGAUCAACCCAAUGACCCUGAAUAUAAAAUUAACGGACUUUGAUGUAGUGUACUUCACAAGAGAUAAAGAAGAUCAAGCUCUAAUGAGAAAAGUAUUGUUCUCUAGAAAAACGAUGCAAUAUCUCAUCUCUCAUAUAAGCCAUCCGUUUCGGGGACGAGGAUACAUCUCCAGAGAAUGUCGGAACUUUAAACGGGAUGUUCUUCAGAGAAAAACUUGGAGAUGUAAGAAUAGGACCUGUUACAACUUGAGGAACAUUUUAGAUCAUCCCUGGUUAAUGCCCGAAUUUGACUGAAUGAGACAUUUCAAUCAGUGAUGGACACGACCAACGCUUCCAACCGACCCGCCAACGGAAAGAAACAGAGAUCUAUCUAUCUUUCUUUCUAACUAAUCUUUCUUUCUUU